AAGACUCUUUCUGCUUGGCAACCCGGAACUUACAGAAAGCAAGUUGAAGGCGAAAUGGGUUGCGAUGGAGGAACCAUCCCGAAGCGGCACGAGCUGGUGAAGGGCCCUCGUAAGGUGGAGAAGGUUGACAAAAAUGCAGAAUUAGUAGCCCAAUGGUACUAUUGCACUCUAAGUCAAGAAAAAUUAAACCGACCUAUAGUAGCUUGUGAACUUGGCAGACUUUACAACAAAGAUGGAGUCAUUGAAUUUUUGCUGGAUAAAUCUUCCGAUAAAGUCCUUGUGGAAGCUGCAUCCCAUAUCAAGAGUAUUAAGAAUGUCAUAGAAUUGAAUCUCUCAGACAAUCCAGCUUGGACUGGUGAUAAGGGUAAUACAAAAGGGGAUAAAUAUGCUGAUAUCCAAAGUGCACGUUUUAUUUGCCCUGUAGUUGGAUUGGAAAUGAAUGGAAGGCAUCGGUAA